UCUAUGCAUUUGGUUUGGAGGGAAAUGGGUUGUUUAUUGAAUUCUCUCUUCUUUUGUGUGGUUGUAUUCUACUUUAUGGGGCCUGCCUUGGGAACAAGGGGAGAGUUUUGGUUGCCUCUCAAGAGGGAGUUUUCUUGGUCUAGUGAGGAUUUGGUCACUAACUUGCCAGGCCAGCCCAUGGUGGGGUUUGAGCACUAUGCAGGUUAUGUGACUGUGAAUGAAGAGAAUGGGAGGGCUCUCUUUUACUGGUUCUUUGAGGCUUCUCAUCCAGAACAGAAGCCUCUAGUAUUGUGGCUCAAUGGAGGUCCGGGGUGUUCUUCAGUGGGUUACGGGGCAACACAAGAGAUUGGUCCUUUCUUUGUGGAUUCCAAUGGCCUUAAGCUCAACCCUUUCGCUUGGAAUGGGGUAGCCAAUAUUUUAUUUCUGGAGUCACCGGUCGGUGUGGGAUUUUCUUAUUCAAAUAUCACCUCAGACUACAAGCUUCUCGGUGAUGAUUUUACAGCUCUCUCUCUCUCUCUCUCUCUCUCUCUCUCUCUCUAUCUAUUCAGUUCAUUAACAAUAAACAAUGCAGGGAAAUAUGUUCCAGAGUUAGCAGAGCUCAUACAUGACAAGAACAAGGACCCUUCCAUGUGCAUCGACCUAAAGGGCUUCAUGGUGGGUAAUCCAGAGACGUCUGAUGGGCACGAUUGGGAAGGGUUAGUGGACUACGCAUGGAGCCACGCAGUGGUUUCAGAUGAGACCCAUCAAAUAAUAAAAGACAACUGUGAUUUCCAUAGCAACGACACAUGGAGCAACGAGCGUUGCAACGGUGGCGUGGACGAAGUGUUGAAGCAAUAUGGGGAAAUUGACAUUUACAGCCUCUACACUUCACGUUGUAUUCCAAACGCUUCUCACUCUCAGGACCGAUGCAUGUUUUCCAUGUCCUCUUCAACUAAGAUGCUGCCGAGGGUAUUGGGAGGGUACGACCCAUGCCUUGACGACUAUGCUACGGCUUUCUACAACCGUGCAGAUGUUCAAAGGGCCCUUCACGUCACCGAUGGCAACCACCUCAGGAACUGGACCAUCUGCAACGAAGAAAUAUUCAAUGGGUGGGCAGAUUCCAAGCCUUCAGUUCUUUCCAUAUAUAAGAAGUUGAUUGCAGCUGGCCUCAGAAUUUGGGUAUACAGUGGAGACACAGAUGGAAGGGUACCAGUACUAUCAACUAGAUACAGUUUGAAUGCUCUGGGGAUUCCUACCUUAAGUCCUUGGAGACCCUGGUAUCAUGGCAAGCAGGUGAGUGGAUGGGUACAAGAAUACGAUGGCUUGACUUUUGCAACAUUCAAGGGGGCUGGUCAUGCAGUGCCUGUCUUCAAGCCAAACAGCUCUCUUGCUUUCUUUAAAUCUUUCCUCUUUGGAGAAUCACUACCUUCAGAAAGAUACAAGAGUUAGGGGCCAAAGCUCCUCAACAUACUUCGGUUCCCCAGAAAAUUUUGCUCUUUUCGUUCGAAAGAGUGCAUUAUACUAGACAUAUACAAGAGUUAGGGUACAUUAUGCUAGAUAUACACAUCAAGAGUUUAUACUAUGUGGAAAUGGGAGAAUUACAUUUCCUAAUAUCCUUUUGCCAUAGUUGCCAUCAUCAAUGGCAUAAACUAGUAUCUACCAAUAUUGAUCGAUGUAACUUUUAAGAUUCCAAAAGUGAUAGAUGGAAAGUUUUGGACUAUAACCUUGUGGAUUUGCAAGUGUUUUUGAAGUAAUGGGAGAGGGGGGGAGAAAUUUUCCAA